AUGGCAGCAGAAUUCACCGCCACGAAACUGAACCCGGACAGCCAUAUCCUUCUUGACCAACCUCUUCUCCGACUCCCUCAUGAACUCAUCAAACGCAAUUUCAGGAACACACAACGCUAUGUGGAGCGAGAACGAGACUAUAUCCUGCCCGCCCUCAAAGAGACGGCCAAUGCGGCGCUCAGCUCGUCCCACACUCCGGAUCAGACCCUCGCUUCCCUCGACGCCAUGAUUCAGCGGAUGCAAAGCUUCAAACGCAAACUGGAGAAACUGCACACGGAAGAGGAGGCCCUACAUGACCACUCGGCCAAGCGAAUCAAGCAUUUGCAAGACCUGUACGAAAUCCCCUCCCUGGUGGACGUCAAGUACGAGCAAUGGUCACGCACCCGCCUUGACCGGCUCAUGAUUGACUACCUCCUCCGUUCGGGCUACUCCAAAACAGCCUCCUCGCUGGCCGAGUCCAAGCAGAUCUCCCACCUGAUCGAUCUCGACACAUUCAUCACAUGCCACAAGAUUGCCUCUUCCCUCACUAGAGGAGAGACGAAGGAAGCCCUCGCGUGGAUCAAUGAGAAUAGGGCGCAGCUCAAGAAAAUGACUCAAUUGCCAUACAAAACGACCGACCUGGAAUUUGAACUGAGGCUGCAACAGUUUAUCGAGCUUGUCCGGGCUGGCACGACGCCCAAGAAACUCGAAGCAAGACAAUACGCUCAACAGCAUUUGACCCCGCAUACCUCAUCCCGGGCCGAGGCCAUCAUGCAAGCGGCCGGUCUGCUGGCGCAGUCACCAGAGACGCAAGCUGAGCCAUAUCGAACACUCUUCGCUCCCUCGCGGUGGCACCAUUUGUCCAACCUAUUCAUCGAGACGCAUCAUACGCUCCUCUCGCUCCCUGUUCAACCACUCUUGCACGUUGCCUUGUCCUCGGGUCUUUCAGCCUUGAAGACACCAGCGUGCCACAGCGCAUACAACCCAGCGAGUUCGUCGACCCCAGGCCACGCCCGCAUCGCAACAAACACUUCUCUGUGUCCCAUAUGCAGUAUGGAGUUGAACGAGCUAGCCCGGAACGUGCCCUACGCUCAUCACACGACCAGUUCCGUCGAGCCAGACCCUGUGGUCCUGCCAAACGGUCGCAUAUACGGCCGGGAGAGGCUGGAAGAGUUGCAAAGAAAACUCAUCGGCAAGGAAGGAGAGGUCAGAGAUCCGACCACGGGAGAGAGCUUCACCUGGGAUCAAGUCCGCAAGGUUUAUAUUAUGUGA